AUGUACCAAGGGCUCUCAUACCCGAACACACAUUCGCUGACUACCACUGUCAUUUUAGAUCCAGUAGACUACAAGCCAGUUGAGCUUCCUUUCUUCACGUUGUUCAUCAAGAAGCCACCCACUCCUGUGAUAGACUUCGCGGGCAAAAUGGUGCAGCCGGCAGAUGGCUCCAAACUACAACCAGGACAGGUAGUCUUUGGGGCCGUGGGCCCUGGUAUCGCUGGGGGUGCACUCGCAGAGUAUGCAACCGCAUCGCCGAAAACAGUAGUUCCCGUUCCUGCAGGCAUCUCACCUAUUGAUGCUUCGGGUGUUUGCGCGGCCGGCCUUUCAGCAUACCAAACCAUCGUGCCUUACACCAAAGAAGGUAGCAAUGUCUUCAUCAAUGGUGGAUCCGGCGGCACAGGCGUGUACGGCAUCCAGAUCGCAAAAGCGAAAGGAUGCUAUUCCAGUGGUCGAAAAUAUGACCACGUUGUAGACAACGUCGGGGCAAACAUGGGACUUUUCUGGAAAUGCCACGAGUACACAAGACCGGGUGCUAUCUAUGUUUCUGUUGGCGCUCUCCUGUCCUUCAAAUUCCUCUGGGAAGCUAUCACAACACGCAUCUGGCCAGGCUUUCUAGGAGGCGGCAAGCGCAAGUUGCAGGGUUUCUUCUUAGAGCCAAAGACCGAAGACCUUGCACAAAUUGCAACGUGGAUGCAAGAAGGAAAGGUGAAGACGAUCAUUGACGAGAAGUUCACUUUCGAAGAAGCUCCAAAGGCUUUUACUAAACUGAAGACUGGCAGAGCAAAGGGCAAGAUUGUCGUAGAAGUUGCGCCUACAGAGGCCUGA